UAGUACUAACACCAGUUGGGCCUUAUUUGACGUCCUUCCGUCUCCCAGGCCGAAAUAGUCAGACGGCACGCCGACGGAACCACCGCAAGCAGCCAUGGCGUCGGAGGCCGGCGCCGGCGUCGACGCGGACGCGUACCGCAUCCGGCCGCUCGAGCUCGGCGACCUCUCCAAGGGCUUCUGCGACCUCCUCGCGCAGCUCUCCCCCUCCGCGCCCCUCACCGAGGACUCCUUCUGCUCCCGCUUCGCUGAGCUCGCGGCCCUGGGCGCCGACCACCUCGUCCUCGUCGCGGAGGACGCCGGCACGGGCCGCAUCGCCGCAGCGGGGGCCGUGCUGGUGGAGCGCAAGUUCAUCCGGCGCUGCGGCACCGUGGGGCACGUCGAGGACGUGGUGGUGGACGCCGCGGCGCGCGGCCGGGGGCUCGGGGAGCGCGUCGUGCGCCGCCUCGUGGAGCACGCGAGGGCGAGGGGGUGCUACAAGGUCAUACUGAACUGCACCCCGGAGCUGAGGGGGUUCUACGCCAAGUGCGGAUUCGUGGAGAAGAACGUCCAGAUGGGGCUCUACUUCUGAUCUAGGUCCACCCUUCUCGGAUGGAUCUCUUCCUGGUGAUGUUUCCUAGCUGUUGCCUGUAUCUGUAUCUAUAAAUGUGAUGGAAUAAUUUGUGCUUUUAUGGUUUGCUUUCAAUUAGUACAAAGAUUUAUGUUAUCUGUCAAUCCUUGCUGCUUUUGCAUGAACUGGUAGUGAUCGAUAUGGGUUGCUGAUAA